AUGGACAAGCAGAGCGCCUCGGGCGAGAUACCCGCCAUGCGCUGGGAGCCAUACCAUCGACGGGAUCCCAGAAACGCCAAGGAGCUCAGCAAGACGACCUCGCGUGGUUACUUCCUGGACCAUCUCGAGGACUUUGACAGUCAGUUCUUCGGUAUCUCGCCCAAGGAGGCGGAGCAGAUGGAUCCCCAACAGAGAAUCUCCCUUGAGGUGGCCUGGGAGGCACUUGAGGAUGCUGGCAUUCCCGCGAAAGGCCUGUCGGGGAGCGACACUGCUGUCUUCUGGGGCGUCAACUCAGAUGACUACUCCAAGCUGGUCUUGGAGGAUCUGCCUAACAUCGAAGCGUGGAUGGGCAUUGGGACCGCGUACUGCGGUAUACCCAACCGAAUCUCCUAUCACUUGAACCUCAUGGGUCCUAGUACGGCGGUCGACGCUGCCUGUGCUUCGUCCCUCGUCGCCAUCCAUCACGGUGUCCAGGCCAUCCAGCUCGGCGAGUCCAAGAUUGCCAUUGUUGGCGGAGUCAACGCUCUCUGCGGUCCGGGUCUGACCAGAGUGUUGGACAAGGCCGGCGCAAUCUCCUCCGAAGGCUUCUGCCGGUCCUUUGACGACGAGGCAAAGGGGUAUGGCCGGGGUGAGGGCGCCGCCGCCAUCAUCCUGAAGAACCUCUCCCGCGCCAUUAACGACAAAGAUCGCAUCCUCGCUGUCAUCAAGGGCAGUGCCGUCGCGCAAGACGGCAAGACGAAUGGCAUCAUGGCCCCGAACGCGAAAGCUCAGCAGCUGGUGGCCCAGAAUGCUCUAGCAGUCGGCAACAUCGAUCCUCUCACCGUCCGAUACGUAGAGGCUCACGCCACCUCAACUCCGCUGGGCGACCCAACGGAGAUCUCUGCUAUUGCCGCAGUAUAUGGCGUUGGACGGGAUUCUCAAGACCCUUGCUUCAUCGGGUCCAUCAAGCCCAACAUCGGCCACCUGGAAGCCGGCGCAGGAGCCAUGGGUUUUAUCAAGGCGACCCUGGCUAUCCGCAAGGGUAUCUUGCCUCCCCAGGCGAAUCUGAACAAGCUUAACAGCCGCAUCGACUGGGAUAAGGCAGGAGUCAAGGUUGUUCAGGAGGCGACCAAGUGGCCCGAGACGGACACCAUUCGUCGCGCGAGUAUCUGUUCGUACGGAUACGGUGGCACCGUCUCCCACGCGGUCAUUGAGCAAUUCCUCCCCCUGUCCGGACUAGAGUCUUUGCAAACACAGUCCCCAGAUGGCCCGGGUGUCCUACUUCUGUCUGGCCCCCAGCAGAAGCGCCUGUCUGUUCAAGCAGAGACCCUACGGAAAUGGAUUGCCCAGGACGGACGCAACCACGACUUGUCCAGCGUCCUGACCACGUUAGCCACCCGAAGAGACCAUCACGACUAUCGCGCCGCUAUGGUGGUAGAGAGCCACGACGACGCAGAAACAGCCCUGGAGGCCCUGGCCAAGGGAGCCGAUCAUCCUCUUGUCGCACAGGGUCGUGUGCUCGGCACUGACAUCCGGAAGGACGUGGUUUGGGUGUUCUCCGGCCACGGCGCGCAGUGGACUGAUAUGGGCAAGGAGCUACUCAACAACCCCGUCUUCUACCGCGCCAUCCAGCCACUCGACGAGCUGGUCCAAGCCGAAAUUGGCCUGUCGCCCAUAGAGAUGCUCCUGACGGGCGAUUUCGAUUCCUCGGAUCGCGUCCAGAUCCUCACGUACAUCAUGCAGAUUGGUAUCAGCGCUGUCCUGAAGAGCAACGGGGUCUUCCCCCAGGCUAUCAUUGGACACUCUGUCGGAGAGAUCGCUGCCAGUGUCGUGGCAGGAGCUCUGACGCCGGCGGAGGGUGCGCUGAUUGUAACCCGCCGAGCGGCGCUGUAUCGUCGCGUCAUGGGCCAGGGCGGCAUGAUCCUCGUCAACCUCCCUGCUAGUCAGGUCGAGCAGGAAUUGGGCCAGCGGGAGGACCUGGUCGUGGCUAUUGAGUCGUCCCCGUCUUCCUGUGUGGUCGCUGGAGAUAGAGAUGUCGUGGCCCAGGCCGCAGAAAGCUUCAAAGAGCGCGGCGUCAAGACUUUCACCGUCAAAACCGACAUUGCGUUCCACAGUCCCACAUUAAAUGGAUUGAUCGAUCCGAUGCUCGAAGCGCUCGCGGAGGAUCUGGCGCCCAGCACACCCACUGUCCGUCUGUUCUCUACCUCACUUGUCGAUCCCCGCGGCCAAGACCUGCGCGAUAUUCACUACUGGACCAACAACAUGGUGAACCGCGUCCGUCUUACUUCUGCUGUCAACGCCGCGGUCGAAGAGGGAUACCGUAUCUUCCUGGAAGUUUCCAGCCACCCGGUGGUCACUCACUCGAUCAAUGAGACGCUGAUGGAUGGUGGGUUGGAAGACUUCGCUGUCAUCCCUACUUUACUACGCCAGAAGCCGACGGAGAAGCACAUCCUCUACAGCAUUGCACAGCUGCACUGUCGAGGCGCCGAGGUCGACUGGAAGGCUCAACUGCCGGGGCCCUGGGCGGACGGACUGCCCACGACCACCUGGAUGCACAAGCCCAUCUGGCGGAAGAUCGAAAGCGCUCCGCUACAUACGGGCCUCACCCACGACGUCGAGAAGCAUACCCUGCUAGGCCAGCGCAUUGGCAUUGCGGGCACCAAUACAACCGUCUACACGACCCGAUUGGACAACGACACGAAGCCGUUCCCCGGUAGCCAUCCCUUGCACGGAACGGAGAUUGUGCCCGCUGCUGGCCUGAUUAAUACCUUCAUGAAGGGUACUGGCGGACGCAGGCUGCAGAAUGUCGUGCUGCGAGUCCCCGUGGCCAUUAACGCGCCUCGUUCUGUCCAGGUUGUGGUGCAAGAGGACCAAGUUAAGAUCAUGUCCCGUCUGCUUUCAGACACGCCACAGGCCACGGAGGAUGACUCGUCGUGGGCUACCCAUACCACCGCGUACUGGGCGCGGGAUAUCCAAGAGGCUGUGGACCCAAUCGACAUCGCUGCUGUGAAAAAGCGCCUGGGAACCCGAAUCCGGGACGACUUCUCCAUCAACUACCUCGACCAGGUCGGUGUCUCGGCCAUGGGGUUCCCAUGGGCCAUCACGGAGCACUACCACAAGGACAAGGAGAUGAUCGCCCGUGUGGACGUCAACCCGGCCGUGACCGGGGACGCGCCUCUCCCCUGGGACUCGUCCUCGUGGGCACCAAUUCUCGACGCUGCUACCUCCGUUGGCUCGACCGUGUUUGGCACGCCGGCCCUUCGCAUGCCUGCUCAGAUCGACCGCGUGGACAUUUUCACCUCGCAAGAUCCACCCAAGAUCGGCUGGCUGUAUGUUGAGGAUGCCUCGGACGCGGCUCCUACCUCCCAUGUUAGUGUCCUGAACGAGGCUGGCGAGGUCGUUGCGAAGUUCACCGCGAUGCGGUUUUCCGAGAUUGAAGGCACCCCGGGUGUCAGCGGUAGCAUGGAGAGUCUGGUGCACCAGCUGGCCUGGCCCCCGGCUACUCCUGCGGAAGAGCCCCUGUCCAUCGACACAGUCCUUCUGGUUUCGUCGGAUGCCGCAACGAUGCGCCAGUACGCCAACACCAUUCCCAGGGGCGUCAGAUCGUUCGAAUUCUCGAGCGUCCAGGACCUUAUCAGCCAGGACAAGUCAGGUCUGCGACUCGACAAGGGCACUGCGGUUGCUUACAUCCCCGGCGAAGUUCAGUCUCUGGAGGAGAUCCCCGCUGCAUCCGAAUCUUUCACCUGGGAGGUGCUGGAGCUGGUCAAAUACAUCGUCAAGGGCGGUCUCCCUCUGAAGGCGUUCAUCCUGACAUCCAAUGUGGGCAGUGGUGAGACCCCAACUGCACUAGCUCAGGCCCCUCUUUUCGGGCUGGCGCGGAUCAUCGCCAGCGAGCAUCCUGACCUCGGAUGCCUGAUCGAUAGCGAGAAUCCCGUGUUUCCCUUGACGGCCAUGCGAUACAUCCAGGGCGCGGACGUCAUCCGGAUCAACGACGACGUCGCUCGCACAGCACGUCUUCGCAGCCUACCACGCAACAAGCUCCAUCCCGCCAGCCAGCCGCCACGCCUCCUGCCCCGGUCCGAGGGCACAUACCUCAUCACGGGCGGACUCGGCGUCCUCGGUCUUGAAACAGCAGACUUCCUCGUCGAAAAUGGCGCACGCCGGCUCAUCCUGAUCUCCCGCCGCGCCCUCCCGCCGCGCCGCACCUGGGACGCAGCCCCAAGCGACCUCCAACCCACUCUCGCCAAGAUCCGCAACCUCGAGUCCCGCGGCGCGACAGUCCACAUCCUGCCCCUCGACAUCAGCCACCCUGCCGCAGCAACCCAGCUCUCCACUGCCCUCGACACCCUGUCUCUGCCCCCCGUCCUCGGCGUCGUCCACGCCGCCGGCGUCCUCGACAACCAACUGAUCCUCGAAACGACCCGCGACGCCUUCACACGCGUCCUCGCGCCCAAGAUCGCCGGCGCGCUCGCCCUCCACGCCGUCUUCCCCCCGAACACCCUCGACUUCUUCCUCCUCUUCUCCUCCUGCGGCAACCUCUUCGGCUUCCCGGGCCAGGCGUCGUACGGCGCCGGCAACGCCUUCCUGGAUACCCUGGCCACGCACCGCGCGCGGCUCGGCGACGCCGCCGUCGCGGUGCAGUGGACCUCGUGGCGCGGGAUGGGCAUGGGCGCGAGCACCGAGUUCAUCAACGCCGAGCUCGAGUCCAAGGGCAUCACGGACGUCACCCGCGACGAGGCCUUCGGCGCCUGGCUGCAUCUCGCGCGGUAUGACAUCGACCACGGCGUGGUGCUGCGCAGUCUCGCCUUCGACGAGGGCGAGCCUCUCCCCGUCUCCAUCCUGACCGAUAUCGCCGUGCGCCGGGUGGGUGUCGCCGCUGCGGGUGACGUGCCUGGCACCGCUGCUGCUGGCGGCGCGGACGCGAUCCCCUCCUCCGGUCCGGAGCUGAAGGUCUACCUUGAUGAGAAGAUCCGGGGCUGUGUGGCGAAGGUCCUCCAGAUGGGAGCGGAGGAUGUCGACUCCAAGGCGGCGCUGGCGGAUUUGGGGGUUGACUCGGUCAUGACGGUUAGUUUGCGGCGGCAGCUGCAGCAGACGCUCAAGGUGAAGGUGCCGUCGACGUUGACCUGGAGUCAUCCCACGGUCAGCCAUUUGGUGGGCUGGUUUGCUGAGAAGGUUGGGAAGUGA